AAGGCCUGAGUUUUUGUAAGUGAAAGUCAUGUCGGAUAAAGUUGCUCCUGUGUUUUUUUAUGCACUGACUCAUCAGCUUGUCAUGCCCCCCCCCCAUACCUCAUCACAAAACAAGAGAUUCUUUUUUUUUUUUUUUUUUUUUUUUAAACAAAUGCUCCUUCUGCACGCUCACCAAUCUUAUCACAAAUAUCACAUGGAUUAAGCUAAGAAUCUACCAUCUGGCUGCCAUUAUUUGUUUGGUCCAUCAGGGACUGAUGUUGCUGCGAGGGGAGGAGAAAGACAGAGCCACAGAGGAGUUGGUCUUUGAGAGCACACACUCUGAACAGUGAGUUAGCAUCAUUUCAAAGAGAAACAUGCACCUACAAUGUGGUGGAUUUUGAUCUGUGAAAAAUGAGUUGGAUGCUCUCCAUGUGGGUGGCCGCAGCCCUGCUGGCUCUGUGCAUGGGAGAAAGCACAGUGCUUGAAGGAAUGAGCCAGCCUGUGUCCGGCUUCCAUCUGUGUAACCACAACGAGACGAGGAAUGUGAGUUUCCUGGCGAUUCACAAGGUCCCCUACACCGUGACAAAGCAGUGUGGAGACUGGCUCCUGCUGAAGACAUGUACGGUCAAACUUUACAGGAUGCUCCAUCAGACCGAGUACAGGUCAGUGAUGGAGGAGGUGACCAGGUGCUGCGAUGGAUACGAGCAAGUUGGACGUUACUGUGCCCUGCCUGUAAACAGGAGCGGGGAGUUUACUGCCAAGCCAGGAAUUUGUCCAACUGCAGAUGGAUUGGAUGCUGGAUCUGAGGAGGCCUGUGAGUGGGACAUGGACUGUCCAGGCUGGCAGAAAUGCUGCCACAGAUUGGAUCGUUAUCUCUGCACCAAUCCUGCACGUCCAGCUAAUAACUCUGAGACUGAAGGACGCCGUUUUAAUGCCACAGUGACAGUGAAGGCAGAUUACCAACAAGUGAUGUCCAAAGACGGAGACGGACAUCUGAAUCACAUCAGAUUACUACAAGCCAUGGUAACUGGAGCCCUGCAGGCGGAUGUUUCUGUUUAUUACCUGGGCUCCCAGCCUGUUCAUCCCUACAGAACUGCCACCUCCCUGCUCAUCGAAUGCAACAGCACUCUUUCCCUGCACAAUGUCACGGCUGCGCUGCACCUUCUCCUUGUGUACAUACAGGAGGUGUCAUCUGUUACAGUGGAAGAUAUAAACGAGUGCUCACAUCCUGCUCUGCAUCAGUGCUCCCUUCAUGCAAACUGUACCAACACAGAGGGCUCCUAUCACUGUACCUGCCUCCAAGGAUACACAGACGAGGACCCCAGCAACCCUGGAGCUCAUUGCAGAGAUGAGUCGACGACCACGGAGCCCACACAUUCCUACGUUCCACCCAUGAACACAACCUACACCCCGGCCUCCGACACCACUCAGGAGUCUCUGAAGAGCAGCACCGUAGGUUUUGUCUCCUCCACAGAGAUCAUCGUGACUGCAGAUCUGAGUAUGAGCAGCGUCUCCUCCAGUUCAUCACAUGCUCCACAGUGGACAAGUCCUGCACCUCAAACCACCAUGAGGUCAACCGUGGAGUCAACCCCACCAACAACCACGUGCUCUCCUUCAAGCGUCACCAGCGUAUGGUCGGCUGAAGUUACUGGAACUUCCUUUUCCGUCUACUGGUCCAGCCAGUCUCAGACGAACCAGACUUUCCAGGUUGUUGUAAGCAGGGGGUCGGACGUCGUUCAUUUUCAUGGAACCAGUGACACCAUGAUGGAGGUGCAGGGACUGAAGCCUGGGGUGCUCUACAAUGUAACCGUCACACCUUGUGCCUGUGGAAGCCAAGGGGGAACAUUUUCGAUAUCUGUCAAGACUGAUGCUCAGACUCUUGAUGCCACAGCACGACUGACCAACAUCAACUUCACUGCUGAUCUGCAAAACACCAGCAGCCAGGCGUUCAGAAACCUCACUGAGAGUUUCACAGAUGAGAUCUACCAGUCGCUCUCUGCAGAGAUGAAGGCCAUGGUGGAUUCAGGCCUGGUGAGAAUAGUGAUCAAGGGCUUCUCUCCGGGGAGUGUCGUGGUCAACUUCACCCUCAUUGUCACCCCGAGUCAGAGCCAGGACAUCAGUAAUGUGUCUGCAGCUGUGCUAAACUCCCUAAAAAACAGCUCCAAAUACACCGUGGAUAUAAACAACACAAGCAUCAACGAUUUUGAUGAAUGUGCUUCAGGGGAAAAUGACUGUUCCCAAUGGGCUACAUGCGGAAACACCUGGGCCUCCUACACAUGUGUCUGCCUGGAUGGAUUUAUAGACCAGAGCACAGAAAGGCCAGGGAGAGCCUGCCAAGUCAAAACUACGGGGACAACAACAUCUGUGACACCCACAAUAUUCUCUACAGUUAGCACGACCCCUUUCUCUCAAUUAACAACCCAGGCCAGUGUUGUAGCUUUAACCCCUGGAACCACCACUCCAGGGGAAACCACUGUCAUUAUAUCAACAAGUGAAACAGACACAUCUAGAACACUAGUUUCAACCACUGGUUCAGUCAAAGAAACAGCUGUUCCAGUUGUGAUCCACGUGCAAGUGACCACCACUAUGACUGUGACCACCCCUAUCCUUACAACCACUAUUGCUACCCAAGCAGCAACCACUACUCCUCUUAGUACUGCCUUUUCUACCACUGAAACCACCAUUCCUGCAUCAACAGCCUCAAAAACCAGCACUCCUGUACCUACAACUACCAUUCCUGCAUCAACGCCCACCACUCCUGCACAUAAAACCACUCCUGCUCCAACAAUGGCCGCUACUGCGCGUAUAAUUACCUUUCCUGCAACCACAACCCCAGCAUCAAUAACCACUACUCCUAUGCUUAAAACCACCAUGACUUCCCCAACACUCGAAUCAACAACUGCCGUCCCUGCAUUAACAACCACAAGUGCUCCUAAAACCACCACUCCUAUAACUCAGACCACCACUCCUAUAACUCAGACCACCACUCCUAUAACUCAGACCACCACUCCUAUAACUCAGACCACCACUCCUGCACCUACAACGACCACUUCUACCCCCAAACCCCCCACUACUGUCGCAACAACUGCCUCUUCAACCACUACUACGACCCCAAAAACUACUCCUCCUCUAACCAGUACUCCAGUGAUGACAACACAGACCCAAAUCAAAACCACUAAAGUCCCAACAACAACUACUGCUCGUAAAACGACUACUGCCCCUAGAAAACCUGCUACUCCCCAUAAAACUUCCAAAACUGUCUCAACAACCUCCGUUAUUCCAAUGGCAUCUACUACUUCUAUCCCUAAAACCACCAUCAUCACUACAACCAAAUCUCCUGCCCCAAGUCCUACCACCAAUGUCUCUAUACUUGGAGCCAUCUCGGCCCAGUGUAGGGCUGCUGCCAUCACAGUGACUGUCGCCAAAGGUUUCCUUCAGAGCGCCAACAUCAGGGAAAGCACUCUAUACUUGGGACUGCCUGAAUGUGGUCUAAAUGUGAGGAAUACCACCCAUGCAGAGCUAACCGUGGCUUGGAAUGAGUGUGCCACCAGACUUGUGCAAAAUGAAACCUUCUUCACAGCAUCUGUGACUUUGUUUAACUCCAUGGAUCCAUACGUCUUACCCAGUGGAGCAGUGGAGGCUCCAAAGUUACGACUGGAGGUUCCCAUCGUGUGUACCUACAUGAAGAGCAUGCUUAUCUCCGCUGACUUCGGCUCAACGGGGUAUGACAUGAUCAAAGAUGUCAUCACGGGCUCUGGGGUGUUCCAGGUGACAGUGCAGCUGAUGAACGGCACGAUACCUCUGCCCCACAACUACAGCAUGUCGUCAGAGGAGGAUGUGGUGGUGGAGGUCAGCCUGAACACCUCCUCCGAGCAGAUUAAAGUAGUCAUCAGCAAAUGCUGGGCCACUCCCACCCCAAACCCUGGAGACACCUACAGCCACACCUUCCUGGAGAACAGCUGCUCCCUGAACUCUUACACCAAAGUGCUGAUGAACGGGAACUCCAGCACAUCACGUUUGUCUGUAAAGAUUUUCUCCAUCGUUGACCUGGACGUCAUCUAUCUGCACUGCCAGGUCCAGAUCUGUGUGUGGAUGGGAUCAGAUACCUGUGUGCCCGAUUGUCUUCAAAGAGCAGCUCGGUCUUCAAACACAAUAGGGACAGCUUUGGGCACAUUCGGGCCGAUACUGAGGUCAGACGAAGAGUCCCUGGAGGAGGAGUUCAACACUUUGUACGUGGCCGGGCUCGCCUGCAUUGGAAUCGGCGUUUCGCUCAUCUUCAUCAUUGGUUUCGUCUGCCUCUUCUACUACCAAAGGAACCGAAUCGGACACUACAACUUCAGCGUCAAACCCAAACAGGAGAACUUCACCUACCUGGUCUUCAACACCUAGAGCGGCUGGCUGCAACACUCGAGAGGACAUUUGGUAGGCUGAUGCCUUCUAGUUACCACUGGGUGUCGCUGUUGCAUCAUUUAUUUAUUAAAUAUCAAACAUUGCAAAUCUUUGCACAUUCUACAUUUAACAAAGUAGAGAUUAUAUUCACAUUUCACCUCCACUCUUCAUAUACAUAAUAUAUUAAAAUAAUAUAGUAGAUGUACACUGGACUAUAGAAUAUGGAGUCUUUGAUUUUUCCUAAAUAGUUAAGAGAUCAAUAAGGAUGAAAUGCAAACACUUUGUAGAAGUUUUAUUUUUUCUAUUCAUAAAAAAAUGAAGACCAUAUCUGUAGUGCAUUGUGGGAUUUGUAGUGCAUUCUUAAAGUUGAAUGACUACAUGCAUAAAGCUGUUUGGAUGACUUCAUCAACAGUGAUUUAAUAUUUGAGAUAUUACUCAUAAUAUCGUGAGUUCAGGUAUCUUAUUGAAGCUGUUGACUUGUUUUAGAGACCGUCUGAUGGUACUCAUGAUGGUUCAUGACUGACCUCGACAAACAUCAGAAAGGACUCACGUAAAGUGUGCGAUGUAAAGCAUGCAGUAACAUGAGGUUUAACUGUGUGUGUAAGUAAAGUGAAUGAAGAUGCAUCUAUGAAAAAUCUGUUUUAGGGCCAGACAUGAAAAAUAAAUAAUGAGAGGAGGAAUAUUUUAUACACCGUUAUGUUGAAAUUUAGAGAGGAAAAAGU